AUGGCGACAGGAGAAUCCAAGCCCAAACCUGAAUUUGAUCAUGAUCUGUUAUCAGGUGUAGAAGAUCAACUGACAGACAAAGAGAAAAAAGGCCACUAUGAAAAAAUGAUUUCUUACAUCUUAAGUACCGUGAAAGCUGGUUGCUCAAUAACCAAAGUAUUUGAUGGUUUAACAGCCCUUGAAAAGAUGAAAAACCAUGUUGGUAAAGUGGAAUUCCAAAACGUCCCAUUCCAAGGAGGACAUUAAAAUUUCCAUUCCAAAAAUUGCACAGGUGUGAUGGAUACCCCCGAUUUUGGUCCUCACAUCGAUCUUAUGGAACUAAACACAGCCAGCGCUGAAAGUGAGGCAGAAAAAAUCAAGACGCAGAUUCUCAACGUCUUCAAAGAUAAACAACGAGAAGCAAGCGAUAACCUGAUCAUAAAUAUGGCGAAAGCUAAUGCCAUUGCGACAACAGUUCAAUUUGUGAAGAUUUACUUCGCGUGGAAGACAAUUUCGGCAGCUUCAAAUGUUAUUGAAGAUAAGAAUAAAUUUGUGCAGAUAAAUAAGAAUUUGCAAAGGAUGGAAACCAUGGUCAUGGAGUUGAUGGAGAUCUGUGAAACACAACCGGAAGAUAAGAGUAUUAACCGUAGGAUGACGAAAAUCAAUUCACUGUUCACAUCCACAAUCAGUAAAAUCAGCGACAUCACGGUGAAAAUAAACGGUCACAUCCAGCGACUUGACGUAGUCAUUGAUUACGCAGCUGUCGAUGUUGUGUCCAACUCCAUAACAGCACUUCGUCAAGCUUAUAAAUUAUGGAGUGUCUUCGAGAAUCUAUCUUCACCUUCAAAAUGGUUGGGAGCAUUGAGCGUAGCAAUGUACGGCGUGUUUGGCGUGGCCAAUGCAGCUGUGUUCGUAAUAUCUCGAGACAGGCUUAAGGAAUUGCAAAAAGAUUUAAGAGAAGUAGUCUAUCUGAGAAAAACUUUGGAUGAUCUACAUCAACAAGCUGAAGACGCUAUUAUGGAUUGCUAA